AGAGCGUGCGGGGAGGCCACUCUGCAGACCCCUGAAGCUCAGAAAGACAAACAUGCAUUCAGAAAAAGUGAUCUUCACCAUUUUCACCUUUGCUAUUUUGGAGGUUUCAGCCUUCCCGCGCCAUCGUGACAGCAGGGAGGCGACCUGGUCCGACUCCAUGGCCAAUCAGGCCCAUCACAAGUCCAAGCUCACAAAGGAUGUGGAUAAGAUCUACAAAAGCCACAUAGAUGACAGCGGCCUGUACAACCACAGCGAGGAUGACCACAACAAGAACCAGGUGUCGGAAGAGAUGCAGCGCAAAAUCAACAUGGAGUCGGAGCGCCUGCGAGCGCGUCUACGUCAGGAGCUGACCGAGCUGAGGGAGAGGCUGGCUCUCUCCCCGGCUCACCGCAGCUCCACCUUGGCCAGCGUGAGGGAGCGCUUGGCCCCCCUCGCCCAGCAGCUCCACGGCUCUCUGAGCAGCAGCACGCGCAGCCUAUGCCACGAGCUCGGCCUUUCCCUGCAGAGUCCUGAGGAUCCUGAAGCCUUCAACUGGAUGACACAAACACUGGAGCAGGGCACCUCCAAGCUGGCUGACAUCUUGGAUGGCUUCAUGGCUCAAACCACCGAGGCGAUGGAACACCUCAGGGAGGCAAGUGAGGCAGCAAACACGGGAAUCUUGCAAGAAUUCAGCUCAAGGUUGGGACAGGAAGUGACCUCCCUGAAGAUGGAGGCCCAGAAUAAACUGGAGACUCUCAAAGCGGAGCUCUUGAAGGCUGACGCCGCCGCUGCUGUGGAGCACUUCUGCCAAAAUUCAGCACAGCAACUUCACUUUCAGGGACGGAUGGAGAGGCUAGUCACGGGAAUGGAGGAGGAGCUGGAAGUCCAGUCCGGUCCUUCCCUCUCUGAACACUCAGGCGGCUCGUUGCAGGAGGACUUCUCACUCAAACUCUCUGCUCUCAUCCAGGACAUUCUGCACUCUGUGCAGUGACGCCCCACGUCACUAAAAACUAUAAACUCACUAUCACGUCCAACAGUUGCUAGACAGUGACUGGCCCUGUACAUAGUUCUAAAGUAUUUUUGUUUUAUUGUAUGUGUGUAUUGGUAAGGAGCCUCAACGCCACCAGUAAGUCUUGGCAUUGAAAAUACAGGAGCAUCCCAAUACAUUUUUCAAAAGUUAUUUUAUUUCAGGAGUUCAAUUCAGACUAUAGAGACCAAUUAAAGGCACGGGAAGUUUUUGCAGAGCAAGGGGCGGGGGGUGUCAUUUGAGGUCUGACAUUGACAGAAGUGUCUACAUGACAUUUUUAAAAUAACUGUCUUUUACUUGCCAAUGAAAUCCUCCUUAAAUAUCUUGUUCUAUAACACCAAAAAGGUAUUUUCACGGCCAAAACUUCAUGGCAGGUUUGACAUGGAGUCUGAUCUCAGGAAAAUGUGCUACGCUUUUUUCUACAAUAAAAAUAAGUGUAAACAUGGAUUGCUUUUUAUUAUUUGAUCAUAUACUGUAUAGUAUUUAAUUAAUUAAUUUAAAAUAACACGCCCUAACCCAGAGUAUAGCAUACGAUGGAGUAUUAGGGCCACAUUGAAAAAAAAAAGAUUUCGAGAAUAAAGUCGAACAUUUCUGAGAAUAAAGUCGUAAAUUUAUGAGAAUAAACUCUUAGUCGUGAUAUUAUGUGUCAUCAUGUCACACGUGUCAGAGGGAAAAUAGAGCAUAGCUUUUCAAGAAGGAAGGAAACUUUCCUCUUGCUUCAGGCAAGCUUUUAUUCACAAUGUGGUGCAAAACUGAGCAGCUGAGCAGUUAGCAUUUACAUUAGCAUGUCUAGCCCUUCGCACUUCCGCCUUCCUUACCCCGCCCCCUCCACAUGCCCAAAGCCAAAAGUCACCUAAGUCCCCCCUUUUCAUAGGCAAUGCCUGUAACACAAAAUUGAGUUUUUUCUAAUAUUCCAAGUUUUUUUGUCGUAAAUUUACGACUUUGUUCUCGAAAUCUCCAAUUAUUUUAAUACUCCAUCAUAACAGGCAUUUCCUGAGACAGCUAUGAAAAUGGGAGACUUAUGUGACCUUUGGCCUUGGGCAAAGGUAAUAUUAAGACUUUUUUUCUCAUAAAUGUACAACUUUUUCUCUAAAUCUCAGGGGUUUUUUUUCUAUGUGACCCUAAUACUCUGUUGUAAUUCUAAACUAUUUUUAUUCACCAGCCAGUCGGCGCACAAUUUCUUGAUUUUUGAUUCAUCUUUACAGUAAAUGAAUGCCUUUUGUAUUCUUUCUCAUUCACUGAUGUACAGUAUAUGUCAACGUUAUGGCACUAAUGGUGUGUUUUUGUUUUUUUGGGCUCCAAACAUUGGAACUGAACGGAAAACAUUUAGACAACUCGGCCCUAAAAAUGUCAUUUUUGUAGGCCAGUUAUAAGCCAAACUUUCUGUACUCUUUCCGACUACAUUUCUGGAUAUGCAAAGCAAAUAUGUACAAAUGCGUGUUACGUAAACAGACUGGUUUAGUAUACUGUAGAAGGAGAAUGUUUAAUGUUUAUGUGUUUUCAAAAAUAAACCAAAGCACAUCGAAUGAA